AUGUCGGAUGACGAGGAAUCGAACAGCUACACGAGGCCGGCGACGGCGUUCUUCGAUGAGCCCAUCACGGCGCAUUACAGGCACUGGCUCCUACAGAGGAAAAAUCGCGCUUCGGCGAUGGCCAUCGAGGAAGAUGAGCGAGCGAUCGCGGGUCACCACCUGAGAAAUCUGUUGAUCCAGCAAUGGGAGGAAAGGCAAAAGAAGGAGCUGGAGGAGGACUACACCGAGCACGACGCCCAGGGUGCCAGCGACGCCAAGCAGCUGCUCAACCAUCACAGCACGAUCGCAACGGUGAGGAAGGACAAUGUGUUCACGAGCGAAUUGACGGAAGAGGAGCAGGAGAUCGUGCGCCAACGCGUCGAACUCCAACGCAAGCAGUUCGAGCAGUUCAUGAAGCGACAGAACGAGAAGCGAACGCGCAAGAUCAGAAGCAUUCAUCCCUACAUCACCGAACGCGAGGCCCUCCAAGCAUUGAAAGAAUGCAACGAUGAUGAGAAUGAGGUUGUGGAGAAGCUCAUGCAGGCGGGAUUCUUCCACGAGGUGCGCAAGGCCAUCGCCACCGAGGGGCGGACCGACGACAGCAGCGAUGACGAGAAGGGGAACGAUUCUGAUAACAAUGGCGACAUUCCCGCCGAUAAGCAAUUCAUCUCGAGGAAGCGCAAGAAUGUGGACAAGAAGCGGCUCAAGCGCCUUCGCCUGGAUGAGGCAUUGAAGAACGUCGAUGAGGGCAACUUCGAGGGCUGGUCGGAGGCUCGAAUUCGGGCGUGGCAGCUCAAGGACAAGAAUCCGAAUGCGUACUACUACCGCUUCAACGAUCCUGGCGUCGAGCAGAGAAACGGCACAUGGAACAAGGAGGAGAGGGCGCUGUUCUUCCAGCGAGUGGAGGAGAUCGGCGUCAACGGCCAGUGGGGCAUCUUCUCGAUGGUCAUUCCUGGGCGCGUUGGCUACCAGUGCAGCAACUUCUACAGGCACCUCGUUGAAACAGGUCAGGUCGUGGACCCCAACUACGUGAUCGACGAGAAAGGCAAGGCCCACUAUCUGUUCAGCAAAGGCAUUUGCAAACACACCAAGUCACAUAAGAGAAAGGACCCUGACGACGCGCCUCAGGUCAAGGUUAAGCAGCAAGGCAAGAAGAGAAAGGGAAGGACACAGAAGAAGAAGAAGGGAAAGGAAGAAGACGAAGAUGCUCAUGAGGAAGAUGAUGACGAAUACGUGCCACCAUCAAGCCUCAAGAAACAAAAGGGCGACGACGAGGAGGACGAGGAGGCCAGGAAGAACGAGAACCCUCUGCCCGGGUUCCUCGAUCCCAUCACCUUGGAGGAGGUGGAACGGCCGGCCAUUGCGCCUUCUGGUCACGUCAUGGAUUACAAGAGCUGGAGCAGAUGUCUUUCGUCCAAUGGUGGCCUCUGCCCGUUGACGAAGCAGCCGCUCAAGAAGAGGGAUCUGGUGAUACUCACGUGGAAGAACAUCCACGAGUACAACGACCGCAUCGUCAACUGGCCCGACAAGAAGUAG